AUGAAACUGAAUGACUUUGGGUUUGAGACUCUGAGUUCUCUCUGUGUUAGCAUAAUGGACAAUGUAAGCACACUAGACUGGGUACGAGCUGAAAAAAUCUAUAACCUCUGUGAGGUUCUAUUUAAAAUUCACAAGAUGAAGAAUCACAUACUGAAACAUGUCUUUCAGCUCUGGCUUGCUGAUGAUUGCUGGCUACAAGCAAACUUCUAUUUAGGCAUUCAUCAGGACUUUGAGCUUGAAGACCAGAGGCCGUAUUGUUUCAGUGUUAUGGUUGGGCAUGGCAAGAGUCAUUAUUUCAAUGUAGAGCUGGGCAGCGAGUUGGCAGUGUGGGAGAAAUCAUUUCAAAGAGCAAUUUUCUUGGAAGUUCAAAGAACAGGGUCUAAAACAUAUAUGUGCAGUUGGCAAGGAGAUACCCUGUGUUUCACAGUCGACUUUGCUCUGGGAUUUACCUGUUUUGAUAGUAAAACAAAGAACGUGCUGUGGAGGUUUAAAUUCUCUCAGCUCAAAGGCUCUUCAGAUGAUGGGAAAACUAGAGUAAAGCUGCUUUUUCAGAAUCUAGACACCAAGCAAAUUGAGACAAAGGAACUUGAAUUUCAGGAUCUGACGGCAGUUUUACACUGUAUUCACUCCUUUAUAGCAGCAAAAGUGGCAUCUGUGGAUCCAGUGUUCAUAGACAGUCAGAGUAUUGCCAGAAAAUAUGUGUACAGUAACUGA